UCCGGUAUCACCCAUAGUAACGUUUGUUGCAACCCAUGGUUCUCCAGCAUUUUUGAACAACGUUUUCGGUUGAUUUCUCCAUCUUAGUGUCAUUCGCAUGAAUUUAUUUUGAGGAUAUUAAGCAUUAUUUUGUGUGGAGGAAAGGUCCCCUAAUCUUUUCUUGAAACUAAUGUGUCUCCGCUGCUUGGCUGUCGAAGCGAGUGCAGGAGGUCUGCCCGUUCAGAAAUGAAGAGCCAACAGAAAGGCCCGCAACCGGACGGAACUGUCACCGUCAGUGAAGAAGGCUCUGUGGCCACUGCAGAAGAUCCAGCAGCGAUUGCCACCAUUCAGUCUGCUGCUACCUUCACUGACCAACCCAUCAAAUAUCUCUUUAAGGCAGAAGGAGCCUGUGGACAGGUGACCUACAGGGUGAUCCAGGUAUCGGACGGCCAGUUAGAGGGGCAGACAGAUGGAGCUGCAGCCGUCAAUCUAGUUGCUGGUUUCCCUGCAACGACACAGACCGUCACACAGGCUGUGAUCUCUCAGUCAGAGGAGUUGGAGGGGGAUGGCAGCACUGAGACUCAGUAUGCCUAUUACCCCACCUCCAUCGCAGAUGCCACAGCUGGCACCAUGGUGACCACCGUGCAGGCUUCUGACACACUGCUGGGACAGACUACUCCCACAGGUCAGCUGUAUGUGAUGAUGUCACCCCAGGAAGUUUUGACAGGAUCCAGUCAGAGGACAAUCGCACCUCGGACUCAACCAUACAUAUCAAAGCAGGACGUUCCUCGAGGUUCCAGGGAUGAGAAACGCAGAGCUCAGCACAAUGAAGUUGAGCGCAGACGCAGGGACAAGAUUAACAACUGGAUUGUGCAACUUUCAAAAACCAUUCCUGAGUGCAACGUUGACUACACCAAAACAGGCCAGAGUAAAGGCGGGAUCUUAUCAAAGGCCUGUGAGUACAUCAAAGAACUGCGACAAAGCAACUUGAAGUUAGGGGAAGAUAUCAGCAUCUUGGAACGCCUGCAAGUCGACAACCAGCUACUCAGACAGGAAGUUGAAGACUGGAAAUCCAAGAAUCAGAUUCUAAGAAAUCUUUUGCGACAGCAUGGCAUUGUGGGGUCAUCCAGCAAAGACUCUCAGUGAGGAGCCUGUUGCACGCAGGUGUUUGAAGACAGCUUCACGUGGGCCAAAUAACUAGCGGUACUUGAAAUGUGCUUCUUGUCAUUGAGCAUGACCCAAAUGGGAGUAAUUGUUGAAAUAUUUUCACGAGGAUUCAAAUAAUCAUCUUUGAACUCUUGUUUGUUUUGACGCUUUACAGCAUUUAAGUCCUUUAUCUGGUAGUUACAAAACAUGACAGGUCUUAAAAAAUAAAUUGUACAGACAGGUUUAGCAAAACCCUCAUUAGAUGCCUUUUUCCAUAAACCUAUUAUUCAUUAAUCUCCAGUACAUGAAACUUUACAUCGGUCAGUUAUUUUACUUAAACCAUG